GCGCGGGAAACGCCUUCCGGAGGGGGGAAACAAAACGGCGCGCACUCCGGCGCAGCCAGCAGCCACCGCUUCCCUGAGAGCUGUCGCCCGUGCGCCUCCCAGCAGCUGCCAGAAUGCCAAACUGGGGAGGAGGCAAGAAAUGUGGGGUAUGCCAGAAGACGGUCUACUUUGCCGAGGAGGUCCAGUGCGAGGGCAACAGCUUCCAUAAAUCCUGCUUCCUGUGCAUGGUCUGCAAGAAGAAUCUGGACAGCACCACUGUGGCAGUGCAUGGAGAAGAGAUCUAUUGCAAGUCAUGUUACGGCAAGAAGUAUGGGCCGAAAGGCUACGGCUACGGGCAGGGCGCAGGCACGCUGAGCACGGACAAGGGGGAAUCUCUGGGCAUCAAGCAUGAGGAAGCCCCCGGACACAGGCCCACCACCAACCCCAAUGCAUCCAAGUUUGCCCAGAAGAUUGGCGGCUCUGAGCGUUGUCCCCGAUGUAGCCAGGCGGUCUAUGCUGCGGAGAAGGUGAUUGGGGCCGGGAAGUCCUGGCAUAAGUCCUGCUUCCGAUGUGCCAAGUGUGGCAAAGGCCUUGAGUCGACCACCCUGGCAGACAAGGAUGGUGAGAUCUACUGCAAAGGAUGCUAUGCUAAAAACUUUGGGCCCAAAGGUUUUGGCUUUGGACAAGGAGCUGGAGCCUUGGUCCACUCAGAGUGAGGCUGCCACCGCCUGCGUGCCCCGCUUACUCCUAAGCUUGUCAUCAGCAGUCCAUUCCCAGAAGCCUCGGCCACCUCCGAGCUCCUCUCCCUCACUCAGCCCCGCUGCACAUCACUAAUGCCUUGGACUUGGGUAUCUGGCUUCUUGUGCUCAGGGGUCUGCCUGAGCUCCUUCCCACUAAAGGCUUCCUCCUGCCUGGCAUUUGAUACUGUUAUCUUUAGGAGACAUCUGUCUAGUCGCCCCUUUCCAGAGACCAGGUCCCUCCCCCCACACCUCACUCCUACAGACCUCUGUUUCUAGGCUGAAUGUCCAUCCUCUACUGGUCAGGACGCCUGAGCUCACGUCUUUGGAGACCAAUAGAGCAAAGCAGGAGACCUGGGGCACGGAGGCAGGACCAGAAUUGGGCUAGGGAAGGUUGUGGUUUUUGGGUCCCAGGGAGUCUCCUCUGGGUAGGAGGCUGAGUUCUUGGUGUAUCUCAGUCUGGGAAGUCUCCAUGAGAGGCAGAGAGGCGCAGAUAGGAUUGUGGGCCAUCGGAAGGCGCUCUUUCUCUGGCCCCUGCCUUUGAAUGUGGAACUAGUAUCUUUUCACUUAGCAAUGGAGAACAAGCUGGGUCAGAGGACCCCAAAGUCUAGAGGUUGCCUGACUGCCUUAGGCAUCAAGUUCCCUGUUUGAUGGGCAAGGGAGAUCCUAAUGAAUACCUUGAAUAAGGAUUUACAUUUAUCAGUGGCCCAGAUCUUAGAGUGGCCAGUUCUAGUUCUAACCUUGGGCCAGGUGACUGGGACGGGCAGUUUUGUUGCAGCAUAGCCCAGGGUAGAGCUGUGUUCUAGGCACUCCUGAGGGUUCCUCGAACCCCAAGUCCUCACUCUUCCCCAACCCAGACCCAGGCCCCUCUUUCUUCACCCCACCUUUCUCUAGUAACCUUCACUACCUUGCCCACCCCAUCCAGGCCCCUAGGUCAGGAGCAGAGGGGUUCCCCAGGUCAGGAGCAGGGGGGAAGGGCCGAGCCUUGAUGCUCCCCGGAACUGAAGGGACAAGGCUGUACAGCUAUUCGCUGCAAGGGCUGUAGGCAUGGGCUGUUGAAGCUGAUUUAUCAUCCGAUCAAUAAAGCAAUUUAGAACUGAA